AUGGAGAAGACCAAUGAAUCGGAAUGGGAAACGCGGCAACGCCAUCACGGGAGGGUUGCGAGAAUCAACAAAAAAGGCAAAUUCACCUCCACCUAUCCUAACCCACACAUUUCCUCCCUUUCCCUCUCUUUUCACGUGGGGUACGAUGACCAGGGCCGCAAAAAGAGAAAAUGUGGAUCAGUGUGCUAUUCGAUUCCGGGGCGUAAUGUUGUCGGUGCCACGCGAUCAUACCGCGCCGUAGCAAUAGACGUGUGGACCAUGUGCACGUUCGACGCAACCGGUCGGCCCAAACGAACGUCGACGACGCCCGGAAGUCUGCGGUGGAUGACGGUAGGCGUUGCCGCACUCUUGCUGCUGCUGGCCACCAUCGGAAGUGUUGUGCAGUGUCAAACGUUUAUACGGCGAACGGCGAACGUUUGCCGCACGGACGAUGAAUGUCCGGUGCAGGCAUACUGCGAACGGUACAACUCGGUCCACGAGUAUGGCGUUUGUUCGUGCAUGGCCGGUUACUUCGCCGUGACAGACAGUAAUAACACGCGUCGAUGCUUAAGAGCGGCAACCGACAUCGGGGACUAUUGUCUACACAACGACCAGUGCCAGUAUACGCUGAGUACCGGCAAUUCGGAAUGCCGGGACAAUUCCUGCCAAUGCGUGGACGGUGCGCAUUACGUUGAGCGGGAGAAGCGUUGCUACAAGACGAGCUAUCUCGGCGAAUACUGUCGGUUGACGAACAAUUGCAUCGGUAACGAUACGUACUGUCGCGAUGGGAUCUGCGUGUGCACCCCGGGCAAGCAUCCGAACACGGACCGCAACCGGUGCCUGCACGAUGCCAAACUCGGCGAUCAAUGUUUCCGUGACGAGGAAUGCGUGACGAAUAAUUCGCGCUGUUCGCAGGAGAUCUGUACGUGCCGCGUCAGUCACGUGUUGAACGAAAUGCGGAAUCGCUGUUUGCCUAUUGCGAGCAAAAUUUAUGAUCUUUGCGAGGAAAACAUUCAAUGUCUGUACAACAUUCCCCAUUCGCAGUGUCGUAUCACAACCGGCACGGAUGGUAUAACUGCGGGACGAUGUACCUGCGCGAGCCGUUUUCACGAGGCAGGAUUUAAAUGUGUUUCAUCGGUACACCUGAAUGGAAUCUGUGAGGUGAACGACAACUGCAUCGAUCGGGACACUAGUUGCUUCCAUGGGCGCUGUCGCUGUAUCGAUCACAUGAUUGACAUAGAUGGCAUAUGCGCCGGUACAUCCGCACUGCAACGAGGCGGCAGUGCGUUCUGUGCGGUUGUGCUUGCCGUUCUGGGCAACUGGUAUCGCAUUAGCUGA